AUGCUGACCGACUUCCGCGACGGCCUGGCCAGGCUGGCCGGCAUCGUCACCCCCGGCGUCGACGACACCCCUUAUAUCCAGGCCGCUAUCGAAGCCAUCACCCGCGACCGCGACACCGGCUACUCUGCUUCGGGCUCGUCCAGCUCCGACGGAGGCAGCCCCGCCCUGCGCUUCAUUCCCGACCAGACUGCGGCAGACUACCGGCGCUACUCUGAACAGCAGGCGCCCGUGUCGGUACCCAUGCCGAUCCCCCUCCCCGGCCACAGCUCAUUACCAACCCAGCCGCGGCCGGCGCAUCCCCCCUCCGAGUACCCCGGCCAUCUACUUCCGCCUCUAGACCCCUUCAGACCCAACCCGCAGGCCUCGGCAGAUUCGUUGGCUUCGACGCUGCUGCUGAAGAGCGGCCAGCGCCCGGCCCAGCCUCACGAGUGGAGGGUCGUCGACCGCGACAUCAUCGUCGGGAGCAUUGGCGAGCAAAAGGCGGCCACGGUCCCGUCGCUGAACUUUAGGCCGCUGGCUCUGCGGGCGGUCUCGCUGCUGAGCUUCGCGGCGCUGUGUCUCGCCAUGAUCGUGGCCCUCAUGUUCAGCGCCGUGUAUUCCGAGCGCCAAAAAGGCCUGCGGCGCUACGAGAGCGCCGCCGGCGGGCUCUAUUUCGUGUUCCGCAUGUUGCCGCAGCUCCUGGCCGCUGUCCUGCUGCUCUGGGCCCAGCUCGUCAUCAGCACCAUGUUUCGCAUAUUGCCCUUUGUUCGCCUGGCAUCCAGCCGGCGCGAGGAGCGCGAAGGCGCCUUGUUCGCUAACCUCUAUCCUAAGUCGUUUCUCUGGCCUCAGCUGACAGGCGAGUGGAAUGUCUGGGUUCCAAUCCUCGUCACCUGGCUGGCCAACUUUACCAUCCCGCUGCAAAGCUCGCUGUUUACGGUGAUACUGUCAGGGGACGACGACAGCGUCUGGACGUGGGCGACGGUCCAGGGCGUGGCCUGGACCCUCGUGGCGCUGUAUCUGGCGUUGCUGGCUUCGACCAUCAUCGUCUGGCGGUACUGGGCGAGCGUCGAGUGCACCGGCCUCAUCUGGGACCCCAGGUCCCUCGCUGACAUCCUCGCCAUCGUGUCCGACACUAACACUGCGGACGACUACCGAGGCACCCAGAUGGCCCGCACCAGGGACGGCAUCCGCUUCGCGCUGCGCCGCCGCGCCGACGACAAGCUCGGCUACUGGACGUGGAAGGACGGGCGGCCGGGCUUCUGGUACACCCUCGGCACCCCCAUGGACAACGCGGCGUUUGUUCCGGUCCUCGACCCGGCCGCCGGCCAGCGCAUGGACAGAAACGACGAGAAGCAGGGCGGUGUGGCGGCCGGCGGUCCCGACGGCGAGCUGCUCGGGGGCAACCACGACCUCGAAGCCGGCACGGCGGGCCUCUCGGCCCAGGCGCGCCUGCGCUAUCUACCCUGGUGCCUGCGCAGCAACCAGCUGCUGUACUUUGUCGUGACGGCGCUGGUCCUGCUCGUCGCCAUCUUCGUCGCCGCCUUCUUGCCGUCGACGCGCAUCGCGUCCGGCUUCCUCCCGUGGCUGCCCUCGGGCCCGCAGCCGGGCGUCUUCUCGCCCGCCGACUUCCUGUACAGCUUCCUGCCGUCGCUGCUGGGCAUGGUGCUGUUCCUGCUCUUCCAGUCGCUCGACCUGAGCCUGCGCGUCCUGCAGCCGUGGGCCGCGCUCGCCGACCCCCGCGGCGCCCGCGCCGAGCACUCGCUACUCGCCGACUACGCAGCCUGCGGCGCGCCCGCCCAGAGCGCCCUGCGCGCCCUGCGCAACGGCCACUGGCGCGUCGCCGCGCUCUCGGCCGGAGCCGCCCUCUUCGUCCUCGUUCCCGUCCUCGCUGGCGGCAUGUUCAUGGCCCUGACCGCCACCGACGGCGCCGUGCGCAUCUACCCCAACAUGCCUGCCUUUUCCAUCCUCCUGACCUUGCUCGUGCUGUACCUGUGCGCCCUCGCGUCGCUCCUCCCGAACCGCGCGGCUAUGCGCCUGCCCCACGCCGUCACCUGCCUCGCCGAGAUCGCCGGGUUCCUUGCGAACGACGACCUCCUCGCCGACCCCGCAUUCAAGCAGUGCCGCAGCCGCGACGAGAUGCUCGACAAGAUGGGCGUCCGCGGCGGCAUCCCCGACACACAGCCCCGCUGGAUCCUUAAUGUCGGUGGCGCUGGUGGCGGUGACGGUGCUGCUUUGUUGGGCAUCCGCCGCGCCCGCCGCUUCACGGAGAAGCGCCGCGUCAGAAAGAGCCAGAUCAAGCGCGGCGUGCUGAAUCGCUCGAUUGUGUGA